CUCAAAUCAAGAAAAUGGAAAUGAUAUUAAUCUCUCUUUGCUUAACAACUCUCUUAGCAUUUUUCUUGCUAAAACGAAUCUUUAAUCGAACGGCCACCAACAAAGUUAACCUACCGCCGUCUCCAUGGCGGCUUCCAGUGAUCGGAAACCUCCACCAGCUGAGCCUUCACCCUCACCGCUCUCUCCGUUCCCUCAGCCUUCGUCAUGGGCCACUCAUGCUCCUUCACUUUGGCCGCGUCCCUGUCCUCAUAGUCUCAUCAGCCGACAUAGCUCAUGAAGUCAUGAAAACACACGAUCUUAAGUUUGCCAACCGUCCCAUUGGAAAAGCGACCAACACAAUUCUGAAAGGUGGGAGAGAUGUGGUCUUUUCCUCGUACGGAGAAUAUUGGAGGCAGAUGAAGGGUUUAUGCGUCCUCCAUCUCCUGGGAAAUAAAAUGGUCAGGUCUUUUGAAAAGUUACGAGAAGAACAGAUAAAUAUAAUGAUGGAGAAAGUCGAGAAAGCGAGUUCUUCUUCUUCAUCUAUAAAUCUGAGUAAGACCAUCUUUACUCUUACAAACACUGUGGUAAGUAGAGUUUCUUUGGGACGCCAAUAUAGCGGUGAAAAAAACACAGUGGAUGUCAAGAAGAUGGUUAGGGAACUGAUAGAUACUGUCAGUGUAUUCCCAUUGGCGGAUUACAUUCCGUAUUUGGCAUGGAUAGAUACAAUCCGGGGCUUAGAUCACAAAGCCGAGCAAGUACUCAAACCAUUAUUCGAUUUUUUGGAAAAUGUGGUGCAAGGACAUGAAGGUGAAGGUGAUGAUAAAGAGAAAUCUGAUUUGGUUGAUAUGUUGUUAUGGAUCCAAAAAGAGAAGCCAAAUGGAUUUGAGAUUGAUAGACAAGACAUCAGGCUCAUUAUUUUUGAUAUGCUUGUAGCAGGAGUAACAACAACUUCCGCACUCUUAGAGUGGACAAUGACUGAGCUUAUAAGACAUCCAGAAACUAUGAAGAAGCUACAAGAAGAUAUCCGAACACAUUCAAAGAGUAACUUUUACGUAUCGGAAGAAGAAAUUGAAAAUAUGAAAUACUUAAAGGCUGUGAUUAAAGAGGUUCUCCGGAUACAUCCACCCGCUCCAAUUUUGGUUCCUCGGCUAUUAAGCGAAGACGUCAAGUUAAAGGGAUAUGACAUUGCGGCUGGUACACAGGUGAUUAUCAAUGCAUGGGCGAUCCAACGAGAUACUGCAACAUGGGGACCUGAUGCUGAAGAGUUUAAACCAGAGAGACAUUUAGAUUCGACUUUGGAUUUUCAAGGACAGAAUUUCAUGUACAUUCCAUUCGGAUCAGGGAGAAGACUAUGUCCCGGAAUAGGGUUUACGAUGGCAUUGGUCGAGGUGACAUUGGCCAACUUAGUGAAUCGAUUCGACUGGGAAUUCGAAGUUAGAACAGUAGGAGAUGAUGAGCAAUACCAUCUAGCUGAAUCUACUGGUAUGGAAGUUUGCCGCAAGUUUCCUCUAAUUGCCUUGCCAUCUUCGCUUUGAUUCACUACUUAUGCAUUCUACAAUAAUUCGUGGCGUUUUUUCUUUCUUUCUUGAGUUGUAACAUUUGGGAUCUAAUGGAUUCUCUCUUGAUGUAACUAUGUUCUGUUAAUCUCGUUUUAUUCCUUCUAGUAAAAAUCUCUUGUUCCAAAC